GAUCAUGUGAGAGGCUGCCAGGAUCGCCCCGCGGCAGAACUGUCGUCGGUGGGAGCGGUUGGUUGUCAUGGAAACGCUGCUCCUGCUCCUCUUGCCGCUGGCCGCCGCCACCCAUCCCGCUGCCCGGGCAGCGGGGCCCGGCCUGGAGGAGCGGCUCUUCGAGCAGGUGCGGGACCACUUCACUUUCGAGAGCUGUGGCAACGAGACCUUUCCGCAGCGGUACCUGGUCACAGCAAAGUUCUGGAAGGAAGGAUUUGGACCCAUCUUCUUCUAUACUGGCAAUGAAGGUGACAUCUGGACUUUUGCUCAGAACUCUGACUUCAUAUUUGAAUUAGCAGAGGAACAGCAAGCACUUGUGAUUUUUGCUGAGCAUAGAUACUAUGGGAAGUCUCUCCCAUUUGGACUCGAAUCAACACAGCUGAAGAAGACUGGUCUGCUUACCGUGGAACAAGCCCUGGCUGACUAUGCAGUGCUAAUUACUGAGAUUAAGCAGCAGUAUGGUGCUGCAGACUGCCCUGUCAUUGCUUUUGGAGGCAGCUAUGGAGGAAUGCUCAGCGCUUACAUGAGGAUGAAAUACCCCAACAUUGUGGCUGGAGCAUUAGCUGCUAGUGCUCCUCUGCUGUCUGUGGCUGGGCUUGGAGACCCCACCCAGUUCUUCAGAGAUGUAACAGCAGAUUUUCAGAAGUCAAGUCCAGGCUGUGUCCCUGCUGUCCGCAAAGCCUUCCAGCAGCUCAAGGAUCUGUUCCUGAGCGGAGCCUAUGAUGAAAUUAGUAGUAAAAUGGCCACAUGCAGUAAGAUCUCUAACAAGGAGGAUGUUUACCAGCUUUUUGGAUUUGCUAGGAAUGCCUUCACCAUGAUGGCCAUGAUGAACUACCCUUACAAAACCGAUUUCAUGGGUCACCUCCCUGCCAAUCCGGUGAAGGUCAGCUGUGAACAAAUCCUUGCCCACACAGACCCAGUUCAAGGCUUGGCUGCUCUCGUUGGGGUGUUCUACAACUCCUCCGGCUUGGCGCAGUGCUAUGACAUAUACCAGCUAUACCAGUCUUGCGCUGACCCCACGGGCUGUGGCAUCGGCCCGGACGCUGAGGCCUGGGACUACCAGGUUUGCACGGAGAUCAACUUAACUUUCAACAGCAACAACGUGACUGAUAUGUUCCCCGAGAUGCCCUUCACAGAGGCCAUGCGGGAGCAGUACUGCUGGAGGAAAUGGCACGUGAGGCCACGAGCACACUGGCUGCAGAUAAACUUCUGGGGAGGAGACCUGAAAAGCGCAAGCAACAUCAUUUUUUCAAAUGGAGACUUGGAUCCUUGGGCUGGAGGAGGGAUAAAUAGCAGCCUCAGCCCUUCACUAAUUGCACUGACUGUUAGAGGAGGCGCUCAUCACCUAGACCUGCGAGGACACAAUCCAGCUGACCCCCCAUCGGUCACACAAGUGCGCAAGCUUGAAGCGAGCAUCAUCAACAGCUGGGUGAAAGCUGCAGGGAUGGAAAGGGCACAGAAGCGCCCAGGGGCUUCAGCUGUGAGUAUGUCCAGACCCACAGCCUCAGGCCUGGGAGUGAGGCUGCCACUACAAUAGAAGACAAAAGCCUGCUGAGCUAUGCCUGUGCCAUUUGAGGAAGUGUUAUCCAAGCUGGUGGAAAUUCACCCUUCUGAAGUGUCUUAGCUGCCCCUCAUCAAGCAUCAAAACAAAAGCAAAAUGCCAAAUCUAUGACAGAAGCCAAAAGCAUGUUGUGCAGCUCUUGUGCCAACCUGCUUGCAGUGAGAGGGCCCUGGAAGGCCCAAGAACCGCCACUAGCAUAAAAAGUGUGGUUGCAUGAGGCACCUUAAGGUUGAAGCUGAAUGAUUUUAGGCAAAAGGUGAAGAUUAGAUGACUAGAGUUGAAGAAGGGGUGGGGUCAUUACUUACACAGGUUCAGAGGACUCCACCAGAAACCAGUUACAUAAAAAAGACUCCGUUAGCCUCAUCCAGUGCUGGGGGUUUGGGUGGGUUUUUGGUUUGUUUUUAACUUGCUCAAGAGAUCUUUAGUCCUUGAGCUGGAGGUUUACACCUAGCAGUCAUCCUGCUGUACUGCUGUCACUCGAGAGCUGCGCAUUAGUGACCAGUAGAGCAGCUUGCUCCAGAUUAUCUUCAAUCUUUUUAAAAUAAAUUACAAGUCUGUUAAAA